AUGACUAUCACGACGAUAACCCAUUCCAUUCCGGGAAGCUCAGGGUAUCUGGACAUAUACCCAGAGAGGAAAGUUUCCGUCUUUAAAAACCCUUACAUUAUGGGCCUCACUGCUGUCGCUAGCAUUGGUGGGUUGCUCUUUGGCUACGACACAGGUGUUAUAUCAGGGGCCCUUCUCUAUAUUAAAGAUGAUUUUGAGGCAGUCAGACACAGCAAUUUUCUACAGGAAACAAUUGUCAGCAUGGCAGUGGCUGGUGCAAUUCUUGGGGCAGCAGCAGGUGGUUGGAUUAAUGAUGCUUAUGGAAGAAAGAAAGCAACCAUCAUCGCAGAUCUUAUAUUUACUCUAGGAGCAAUUGUCAUGGCCGCUGCACCAGAUCCUUAUGUUCUCAUACUUGGUCGUGUUUUUGUUGGUUUUGGUGUGGGUAUAGCUUCUGUUACUGCUCCUGUUUAUAUUGCAGAAUUGUCACCUUCAGAAAUAAGGGGAGCAUUAGUAAGCACAAAUGUGCUCAUGAUAACUGGUGGACAGUUUCUUUCCUAUCUCAUAAAUCUAGCUUUUACACAGGUCCCAGGAACAUGGCGGUGGAUGUUGGGAGUUUCAGGUGUGCCAGCAGUAGUUCAGUUAUUCCUUAUGCUCUUACUGCCUGAAUCCCCCAGAUGGCUCUUUAUAAAGAAUAGGCAAGAGGAAGCCAUUAGUGUGCUGGCUAAGAUCUAUGACUUUGCUCGUUUAGAGGAUGAAGUUAAUUUACUUACCAUUCAGUCAGAGAGAGACAGCCAAAAAUGGAAUAAUAUCAGAUAUCGGGAUGUUUUUAAAUCCAAAGAAAUUAGACUUGCAUUCCUCGCUGGAGCCGGACUGCAGGCUUUUCAGCAAUUCACAGGCAUCAACACAGUGAUGUACUACAGCCCAACAAUUGUUCAAUUGGGCGGCUUUCACUCUAACGAGUUGGCUCUUCUGCUCUCUCUCAUAGUUGCUGGCAUGAAUGCCGCGGGAACAGUUCUUGGCAUUUACCUUAUUGACCAUGCAGGGCGGAGAAAAUUGUCCCUAUUUAGCUUAGGAGGGGUAAUUGCAUCUCUAAUCAUUUUGGCCUUGUCAUUCUUUAACCAAUCAUCUGGAAGUGGUUUUUAUGGAUGGCUUGCAGUUCUUGGUUUGGUCCUAUACAUUGGUUUCUUCUCCCCAGGGAUGGGAAUUGUGCCUUGGACAGUUAACUCAGAAGUGUACCCUGAAGAAUACCGAGGGAUAUGUGGAGGCAUGUCUGCUACUGUGAAUUGGGUCUCAAAUCUUAUUGUGGCGGAGUCAUUUCUGUCGGUUGCUGCAGCUGUAGGCACUGGCCCUACUUUCUUAAUUAUUGCCAUUAUAGCUGUGCUUGCGUUUGUGUUUGUGCUUCUCUAUGUUCCUGAAACCAAGGGAUUGACAUUUGAUGAAGUGGAGCUGCUAUGGAAGCAUAGAGCUCGGGGAAACAACCCUGAAUAUGCUCAAAGCCUUCUUCAGAAUGAAAAUCAUUCCUAG